GAGAGAGAGAGAGAGAGAGAGAGAGAGAGAGAGAGAGAGAGAGAGAGAGAGAGAGAGAGAGAGGAGGUUGGAAAGAUACACUGAAGGACUUUGGCCUGUCUCAUGAACAGGAGGAGGAUAAGAGGACGGGAGACAUUUCAGCCUUUGCUUUGUAGAAAGAGCAAAAGAGAGAACUUUGACAGGAACACAUGAGAGAAGCAAAAAGCAAAGAAACAAAAAAACAGCAACUUUGAAGCAAACAUUCAAGGCUGUAUAUCAUGAGGCAGUCAAACCUAAAAUCCCAGUUUUUUGUUUUUUUUUGUCAUAAGUUUCAGUGUGAGUCGGUUUAAGGGGCUGUUUUUCUUUUACUUAAUCUGAAAUUACCCUAGGCUAAAGUGGAUCUUUUGUUUCUUUUGUGGAAGUUAAUGGUUCAGUGGCACCUUCUUUAUAACUUUUCUCGGGCAAGUGACGAUUCAGGAUGCCCACCAACUUCACAGUGGUGCCCGUGGAAGAUGGCAUCGGCGAGAACAGCUGCAGGUCUGCAGACAGUGUCUUCAGAGAAGAAGAAAAGGAGCCACUGCGGGGGCAUCACUCGGGAGAUGACUGUCAUCAAGAGUCAAGCCCCUUCAUCAGCCCAGACCAUGACAGAGGUCACUUCUACGAUGGCAAAAACAUGGCACUGUUUGAGGAGGAAAUGGACAGCAACCCCAUGGUGUCCUCUCUCCUCAACAAGCUGGCCAACUACACCAACCUGACGCAGGGUGUCAGAGAGCACGAGGAGGCCGAGAACGAGGACGGGGUCCGCAGGGUCACCAUCACGGGCUCCCAGAUGGGGACAUUAAUCGGGGUGUACCUGCCGUGCAUGCAGAACAUCCUGGGGGUCAUCCUCUUUCUGCGUCUCACUUGGAUAGUUGGCACAGCAGGAAUCCUCGGCUCCUUUGCCAUCGUCUUCAUGUGCUGUGCCUGCACUAUGCUGACAGCAAUUUCAAUGAGUGCCAUUGCAACCAAUGGAGUUGUACCGGCUGGUGGCUCCUACUACAUGAUCUCCAGAUCUUUGGGCCCAGAGUUUGGAGGGGCAGUGGGACUCUGCUUCUACCUUGGAACCACCUUUGCUGGAUCCAUGUACAUUUUGGGCACAAUAGAGAUACUGCUGAAGUACAUAAUCCCUGAAGCCACUGUAUUUGUAGCGGAGAAGAAGACGGACGAGCCUGCGGUCCUGCUGAACAACAUGCGUGUCUACGGAACCUGCUGUCUGGCUCUCAUGGCACUGGUGGUGUUUGUAGGAGUAAAGUAUGUGAACAAACUAGCCCUGGUGUUUCUAUCCUGUGUGGUUUUGUCAAUCAUGGCUAUUUAUGCCGGAGUCAUCAGGACUGUUAUUGAACCACCAGACUACCCUAUUUGUCUGUUGGGGAACCGGUCUCUCAAGAACCACGGCUUCGAAAAGUGCCUGAAAAUAGAAGUAGUGAAAAACGUGACACACACCACGAAGCUCUGGUCUCUGUUCUGUGACAGCGAGUACCUCAACGCCACUUGUGACGAAUACUUCACUUUAAACAACGUGACAGAGAUACAAGGCAUCCCUGGGCUACUGAGUGGAGUCAUCAAAGACAACCUGUGGGGGGACUAUGGACCAGCUGGGACAUUCAUAGAGUCAAGAAGCCACUCAUCUGUACCUGCCCUCGACAACUCCCAAGACCUCCUUAACCCCUACAUCUUCAACGACAUCACCACUUUCUUCACGCUGCUUGUGGGAAUAUAUUUCCCCUCCGUCACAGGUAUAAUGGCUGGGUCCAAUAGAUCAGGCGAUCUGAGAGAUGCGCAGAGGUCUAUCCCCAUAGGAACCAUUCUGGCCAUCGGCACCACCUCUUUUAUCUACAUCUCAUGUGUGGUGUUGUUCGGAGCCUGUAUUGAAGGAGUGGUGUUGAGAGACAAGUUUGGUGACUCUGUCAAGAAGAACCUGGUCAUUGGCACCCUAGCAUGGCCGUCGCCCUGGGUAAUUGUGAUUGGCUCGUUCUUCUCCUGCUGUGGGGCAGGGCUUCAGAGCCUCACUGGCGCUCCCCGGCUGCUGCAGGCCAUAGCACGAGAUGGCAUUAUCCCUUUCUUACAGGUCUUUGGUCACGGGAAAGAUAAUGGGGAGCCAACGUGGGCUCUGUUGUUGACAGCCGGCAUCUGUGAGAUCGGAAUUCUCAUUGCCUCUCUGGACGCGGUGGCUCCUAUCCUGUCCAUGUUCUUCUUGAUGUGCUAUCUGUUUGUCAACCUGGCCUGUGCUGUCCAGACUUUGCUGCGAACGCCCAACUGGAGACCUCGCUUCAAGUUUUAUCACUGGACCCUGUCCUUCCUAGGGAUGAGUCUCUGUCUCUCCCUCAUGUUCAUCUCUUCCUGGUACUAUGCCCUGGUUGCCAUGGUGAUAGCAGGCUGUAUCUACAAGUACAUUGAGUACAGAGGGGCAGAGACAGAAUGGGGAGAUGGAUUCCGUGGCCUCUCUCUCAGCGCUGUCCGCUAUGCCCUCAUCCGCCUGGAGGAGGCGCCACCACAUACCAAGAACUGGAGACCUCAGCUGCUGGUUCUGUGCAAACUGGACUCUGACCUGCAGGUGAAACACCCACAUCUCCUCUCCUUCACCACGCAACUCAAAGCAGGAAAAGGACUGACAAUUGUUGGCUCUGUGCUGGAGGGCACUUACAUGACUAGCGGGAGUGAUGCCAAGACGGGUGAACAGAACCUGAGGACGGCCAUGUCUGAGGCGCAUACCAAGGGAUUUUGCCAUGUAGUGGUGGCGUCCAAUCUGAGGGACGGUUUCUCACUCCUCAUCCAGUCAGCAGGGCUCGGAGGAAUGAAGCACAAUGCUGUGCUGAUGGCGUGGCCGGCAGGCUGGAAGCAGGCCCAGGACUCCUACCCGUGGAAGAACUUUAUAGAAACGGUGAGGGAGACUACCUCCGCUCACCAGGCCCUGCUGGUUGCUAAAAACAUUGACCAUUUCCCUGGAUAUAAUGAGCGGUUGAAGGAGGGAACCAUUGAUGUGUGGUGGAUUGUGCACGAUGGUGGACUUUUGAUGCUCUUGCCAUUUUUGCUCAGACAACACAAGGUGUGGAGGAAAUGUAAAAUGCGGAUCUUCACGGUGGCACAAAUGGAUGACAACUCCAUCCAGAUGAAGAAAGACCUUCAGAUGUUCCUCUAUCAUCUACGCCUGGAUGCAGAAGUGGAGGUGGUUGAGAUGCAUGACAGUGACAUUUCAGCCUUUACCUAUGAGAAGACCCUGGUAAUGGAGCAGAGGUCUCAGAUGCUGAAACAGAUGCAGCUGUCACGCACUGAGAGGGAGAGAGAGAUUCAGAGCAUCACAGACGAAUCCCGUGGCUCCAUUAGGAGGAAGAGGUCAUCGGUUGUUGACAUUCCUUCCCCCAACACCCUGCAGGUCCCAAGGAUAUUCAUUCCAAAGAAUGAGGCCCAGUUGAUCCAUGACCGCAACACGGCGUCUCAUUUCGGGAUGAAUGACAAAGCCACAGCCUCUACACCAGAGCGAGUCCACAUGACUUGGACCAAAGACAAACUAGUCAGUGAAAGAGCCCGGAAUAGAGAGAGCAACAUAGCAGUUAAAGAUAUUUUUAGCAUGAAACCAGAGUGGGAGACUCUCAAUCAGACCAACGUGCGGAGAAUGCACACAGCAGUCAAGCUGAAUGAGGCUGUGGUCAAUAAAUCCCAGAAUUCACAGCUUGUCUUGCUCAACAUGCCGGGUCCACCGAAAAACAAGGAGGGUGACGAGAACUAUAUGGAGUUCUUGGAAGUUCUGAUGGAUGGUCUAGACCGUGUCCUGUUGGUCCGCGGAGGAGGUCGGGAGGUCAUCACCAUUUACUCAUAGCGCCAAGGGGCUGCUUGCCAGCUGGUCGAGCGCUCAGUGGAUGAUUAUUGGAUGGUGGGGCCUAGGAGGGCAGGGGUUGGACCAAGCAUGGCGUGGCGUCUGGACAUGGGCAGCAGGGCUGUCCAACAAAGAAAAUAUGUCCACUUCCACAAUGCCAGAAGAGAGGGAGAGAGCACCACCAUCUGGAGGAGUCUGCCCACUACACCGCCUGGGCUGGGUUCACUGUCUAGGGCCCGAGAAGAUCCAUGGCAUCCCCCUCCUCUGGGAUUGCCACAGUACAUCAGAGGCUAUCUUUAAAACUCAGCAACAUGUAUAGGUCUAAGUAAUGUGGUUGUAAAAUGGCAUUUCUGAUGAUGAACUAAAUUUGCUUUGUGGGGUUUUUUUAAAUAUAGGUUCAGUUUUUUUGAAACUGGACCUUAUUAAAAUGUUGUCAGGUAUCAUUUAUGAUCUCAUAAACAAAAACUUAACUGAUUGCUUUGAUAAACAGAAACGUAGUGAUUUGCUGAAUUUGUUCAAUGGGCUUCAGCACAGUCCAAUUGGGCAAAAUCAUUUCAAGAGUACAUAAAUACCCAGUUUGUUUCUGCCUCCUCACUUUUAUAAAAGGAUAUAAAGGGGUGUAGAGGACAGUGAUUUUGUCCAUGUAUUAAGUACAGUCAUGUCUGACUGUACUGUGAGCGUCUUGUUUUCAAAGAGAUUUAUCAUGGUUUCUGAAGGCUCAAGUCCAGUUGCCCCAUUGGAUUGCAUUGAAGCCCAAUGAGAAGCUUGAUCAAAGCGGCAAGUUUCUUAGAAUUGGAAUUUUUCAUUUGUGCAGUUUGUAAAUCUGCAGCAUUUUAAUGAGGUCUAGCUUCCAAAAAAGUGAACAUAUGCCUUAAAAGGGAUACUUUGACCAUUUGUCACAGUGUUGGGCAAAAAAAAAGUUGCCUUUCUAAAAGUUUGUGUGGAUUGCCAGCAAUCAUUAGCAAUGAGUUCUGCAGUCAUGCUGCAACCAUGCUUAAUGGUUUCAGUGAAGACAGCGUUGCUUAAGUGUUCAUUUAUCAUAAUGGCAAUAAAGAUACCAUUGUAUGAAAACAAUCAGUUCAAUAAUGAAUCUCUUUAAUAAAAGGACACAAGGAGUUGCUUAGGAAUGUGCUCAUACAAGAAGGAAUGGCUCAAAGCAGUAUGGAAAGGUUGUAUUCUUGAAAUCACAGGAAUCCCCGGGGUCUCAGUAUCUGACCGACUACAAUCUAAUGCAAAUUUGUUCAUAGACAUCAAUCCAGUCACGGAUCAUCGCUAUAUUUCACAGGCUCCUGUUUUUGUAUCUUACAAAUACAGUACCAGUCAAAAUUUUGUUACUGAUGGAAGUUGAAGUAGAGAUGUGGUUUCAGACAGCGCUGUCCUGUCCAGCUAAAUGGCAACGUGCAAUUACAAUGGAGAAGAUUGCAAAGUAAAACCUAAUGGCUGAGGAGUGAAUCGCAUCGCCUAAUUUCAUCUGUUGUUUUUUUUACUUUUGCGUGCAAUGUCAUGACACACUACAUGACCUCACAGCCUGGCAAACCACUCUGCCGUGUCACAGCCAACAUAACGUGAGCAUCGACAGACAUGUCAGUGUAAAUUGUGCUUUGCAGUUAGUCUCCAGAGUGUCGCGCGUCUGUUCAAUAGACAAAGGAGGGACCAUUUAAAAAGAAGACCGUAUCUAAAGCCUCAAAUUUUCGCAUUCCUACCGUAUUGUACUGUGUAAUUCACUGAUUUGUGGUGCGUUCUGUUUUACAAGUUACUGUUAUGUGCUGUACAUGUCUGAUGUGUUGACCCUUAUCGGUAAUGUGAGCUCAAAGGACUCAAUAAUCCUAGGAAAUAAAACUGAUACA